CUCUGAUGAUGAUGAUGAUGAACGUGAAGAAGGACUAAAUGCCACUAAUAAUUUUGACUUGCGUGCUAACGAUUCUGCCAGCUCGCCGCCUUAAUAGUUUUAGUAUAUUACAAGUUCAAAACUGAAAGAAUGACUUCUGUGUGUAAUGAAAGUCCUUCUGAUUCCGAUUCCUCUGCCACACCAUCUGUUCAAGAACUUACCCAUCAGGAUGCCAUGGCGAAAGCAAGGAAGGUUCUCUCAGAGUUAAUAUGUACAGACCCACUUCUUGAAGAUCUUCCCUCAGAGGUUACAGCUGAAGAGGUCAAAUCCCAGAUAGCUCUUGAAUAUGGGCAAGCCAUGUUAAUAAAUGUCUGUCGAGCUGAUGGAGAGGUUAUGCGUGUUGUGGUUGUACAGGAUGCCACAGUGUUAGAUCUGAAACAUGCCAUCAAAAGAUAUGUACAAUUGAAGCAAGCAAGACAGAAUGGCCCUGAACACAUCAGCUGGCGAUACAUUUGGAAAAGAUAUUGGCUGUAUUUUGAUGGACAGAAAUUGUCAGAUGACAGUAAACCUUUGAAAGAGUAUGGUAUCAGAAACAAAGCAGAUGUUACCUUCAAACACAGAUUAAAACAGCAAGGAACAGUUUAGGACAUCAUUCUUCAUCUUUGUAUAUAAAAAUAUUUUUUAGAAACAA